CAGCCUUUCCCCAGUACUGGCUGCCCCAGUAAGAGCUAGAGCGUCUUUGGAGCUAGGGGCAAGGAGAGACCAAAUCGGCGUCAAGACUCCGUCCCCCAGCUCUAGUCCUGCGCAAGGAUCAGGUUAAACGUUUCCCUCUCAUGCCUUUGCAGAGCCUUCCUGAUGGCGAUUCUGCGGCUGCUGCUUGAGCUUUUCCUCCUUGGGUCGGCCUGGAAGCCCCUCGCCUGCCUGGACUCGCUCUUGGCUACUGAUAUCAGUCCUCAGAUCCCAGAUAAUGGCAGUGUGCCCUUGAUCGUUGAUGUGCAAGUGUUUGUGUCCAAUGUCUUCGAUGUGGACAUCUUGCAGUACACAGUGUCAUCCUCGAUGCUACUGAAACUGUCGUGGUUCGAUCCUCACCUCUCCUGGCAUGAGAAUACUGACCCACGGAGCUUCAUCACUUUGCCCUCAGCCUUGCUGUGGACCCCAGACCUCACAAUCCAAGAGGCCCUCUGGGUGGAGUGGAGGGAGCACAACCCACGGGCUCGGGUAAGCAGAGAGGGUUUCGUAGAGCUCUACACUGCGCUCACCACCAAGACUAACUGCGACUUUGAACUUCUCCACUUCCCCAGUGAUAAAAGUGACUGCAGCCUCAGUUUCUAUGCUUUCAGCAACACAGCUCAAGAGUUGAAGUUUCAUCCCCAAGCAGUCAAUGAGAUUGUGGGUGUGAAGCGGGAAUACGUGGUUCGAGGCUUAAAAGCUCAGGUCCCACACCAGCAGCUGGUGCCUUGCUUCCAGGUGACGCUAAGUCUAGAGAACACAGCUGUGAAGACAACAAUGGCCUUGGUAGUGCCAGGGGUGGCAAUACUCCUGGCAGAUAUAUGUGGCAGCCUCCUGCCUCUGAAGGCUACUGAACGUAUCUCUUACAAGGUGACGCUGCUGCUUGGCUACCUCGUCUUCCACUCGUCUCUGGUACAGGCCCUCCCCAGCUCUUCCUCCUGCAGUCCUCUCCUAAUUUCCUACUUUACAUUGCUACUGAUACUACUCUCCGUGAGCACCAUGGAGAGCGUGUUAAUGUCUGCCUUGCUGACUCGAGGCAACUUCAGCCCGAAGAUCAGCCCAAAUCUAGCCCUGAGGGAGGAAGGGUUGGACACGGCAAAUCCAGAGCCCAGAUCUGAAGAGCCCCAGGGGAAAGUUCAGGAGCCAAAGAAGACUUGGGCUGAGGCUAUGGACCACAUCUUCUUGCUGACGUAUGUAGCCAUCAUCGGAUGCAGUCAAAUCAUCUUUGUCAUAGUCUGGGUCUGGUGGGAAUGCAAGUCUGACCCACCUCCCGCUAAGGAUAUUCCCCAUGGAGGAAGGCCUGACAUCUAAAGGGGCAACAUCAGAAACUGGAUUCAAGAUUCUCAAGAACCGAGAGUCCAGACAAAUUGAGCCUGGAUUUCCAAAGCUAAAGUCAAGGCCAUAUGACAAGGUCAUCUCUCUUUAACUCAUUAGUCUGGGGUAUCCCUGAACCCUUCCCUCCGUCAGCAAGCAAAUGACUAGAGAAAUAAACCAUUCUGCUGAGA